AUGGCGCAUUUUGAGAGUAUAUUUAAUUCUAAACAAUAUGUAGGACCUGAAAGUUUAGCUGAAUUAUGUUUUAAAACAAUAUGUAACAAUUUAGAUAUUAUUUCAACUGUUGAUAAACGUGGUUAUCGUACAUUAAUACGUGGACUUGUACUACCAAGUGAAAUUUGUGAUAAAAUCAUUGAAUUUGCUCAAAAGUGUGACAGCACAGCAAGUAUUGAUGAUGGAUUUAUCAAUAUAUUUGCUGAUACUAUUGCAACAAGAUUAAAAAAUGUUAAAAUAAACCACAGCAAUAUCUUGGACACAUCUGUUGCUGUUCUUGCUAAUCAUCAAUUAUUGCACUUGUCAUUCAAUGAUUGUUGUGAUCUUACUAAAUCGUCUAUUGAAUUUAUAAAUAAUAAUUCAAAACAUUUACAGAGUUUAUCAUUUCGUUCUUGUCCACAAAUCUACCCAACUGAUCUUACAGGUGUUAUAGAUCCAUCGCCAAUAAAUUAUUGUAAGCGCGGAUAUCUAUUUAAUGCACCGAAUUUAAAGCAUCUGGCAUUGGAACACGUUCAAAUAGCUCCUGAGCAUUAUGUUAUAUUAUUAUCUGGUUUAUCUAAUUUGACUCAUUUAGAUUUAUCAAAUGCCGUCAAUAUUGGUAACUUUGAAUUUGUAUCAUCAACUCCAAAUUUAGUAUCAUUGUGUCUUUAUAAUGUCAAAGUUAAUGAAAAUCCAAGUGCUUUUGUUGCCAAUGUUAUACAAUUAAAAAAAUUAAGGCAUCUCGAUAUAUCCCACGCUAACCACAAAAAUGCAUUCUUUCACAAACCUAAUCAAGUUUUAUCAGACUUAGUUGAAGGUUUACCUAAUUUAACGUCACUGGAUAUUGGCGGUACAAAUUUAGCUGGACGUGGAGUAGCCGAACGUCCAUUGAUAUCCAACUCUACAAAAGUCUACGCAAUGUGUGAUAUUCAAGGUCUAGCUUGUCGUGUGAACAAUCCAUUACAAUUUUUAGGUCUUUAUGGUACUCACGGGGAAGCGUGUAGAAGAUAUGACAUACCUGCUAAAAUCAUUGCUGGAAAUGCUAACGAUGAACAAAUACUCAUAGCAGCUCGUGUAUGCAUGGACAACAAACAGGAUUUAUUGCAAAAAGUUUUAAAUGAUUUGUAUCAUGUAUUCAGAUAUGAAAGUUGCGAACGUAUGGAUCAGGCGCUUUAUAUCGUUCUUGAAGCUAUGGAGAAACAUCUUAAUGAACGUCAUAUACAAAUAUCGGGAAGCGCAACAUUGUUUUAUAUCGUAAAAACAAAGGAAAAGAGUGUACUUGUCUCAAAAAUGAAGAGAAGAAUAAUAGGUGCGCUUCUUGCUGGUAUGAAUGCUCACAAAGAUGAAGAGACAAUGAUGCGCAACGGCUGUUUGGCCCUUUGCCAGUUUCGUAUACCACAAGAUGUUAUGUGGAAUUACGAAACGCUUGUUAAAGUUUUAUUACAUUCUACAAGACACGCGGAGUCUGAAGGUUUUGUACAACGAAUUGGAAUUUAUUUAUUAAACUCACUGGCAUGCCAGGUAGAAGGAAAGAAAAAACGUUUAUUAGGAAACUUAGGAUGCGUUGAGACAAUGCUUGAAUUGGUUCGGUACAGAGUUGAGUGUGAAUUACAUGAUGACGUUCUCGAGGUCGCUUGGUCUACUAUGUGGAAUAUGACUGACGAGACGCCGAUUAAUUGCCAGAGAUUUUUGGAUGAGCAGGGAAUGAGACUCUUUUUAAAAUGUGUUGAGAAGUAUCCAUCUAAAGAAGAAUUACUACGAAACAUGAUGGGUUUAUUAGGCAAUGUUGCUGAAGUUGAUUACCUUCGCCCCCAUUUAAUGCAACAGCAAUACGUAUCAGUCUUUUCUAAUUUAUUAGAGUACGAUCGUGAUGGGAUCGAGGUUUCAUAUAAUGCAACCGGAAUCCUAGCUCACAUGGCGUCUGAUGGUGUAGAGGCAUGGACAAUAGAUCAACCCACAAGAAAUGAAGUUCUCGAACGUAUGGUCGAAGCUAUUGAACGUUGGAAUUUAUCGUCUCAGCGCAAUAUUAAUUAUAGAUCAUUUUUACCGUUGCUACGUUUAUUAGAUGUUUAUCACACACCACAGUGCCAACAUUGGGCAUAUUGUUCUUUGGUGGAAUCAGAAGGAGGAAUAGAUAAACUUAAAAAAUUAUUAGACGACGACAGACCUUACAAUCGUAUCAAGGAUCUUGCUUUGUCAGUAAUAAUCAAUUGCGGGCCCAAUAAAAUCCGUGGAGACCAACAAGAAACCCUUCAAUCAUCAUCCGAGUACAUAAUUCGUACACUUAAAUCAUCAACCAAGUCAAUACCUGUAUCACUGACUGUAACUAUGAGUCAUGCAUACAACAAAUACAGUAUGAGUUCCAGGGGAAGAGGAUUCAGUUCUCGAGGAGGAGGUGGAAGUAGUUCUUACCGAGGACGUGGUGGAAGUAAUUGGGAGACCAGCAGCAACGGUAGCAACAUGAGCCGAGGAGGCUAUGGUUCAUCACGUGGUGGCAGAUUUAAUAAAUACUCUUCCCAAAGUUAUGAUUCGCGCAAGUCAUAUUCAAAUCGGGAUGAUCACAGAUCAUCAAGUGAUCGUAAACGUGUGAGGAAUGAUUCUUAUCAGGGUGAAAGCAGCAGCUCGCAGAGGUACAACCCAUCUUACGGGAGUUCAUCAAGCUCAACGGCUUAUAACGAGAAUAAGAGAUCAUCAUCAUCAGCAGCUGCUUAUGAGGAUAAGAGGCAGAGUGAACGUGGAUCCUCUUAUCAUCGUUCAGACGAACGUCAUUCUUCGACAUCGAGAAAUUAUGCAGCACCACCGCCUCCACGUAUUAGCGACAUGGCACCACCAUCACAGCGUUACAACAGUUCUAAUCGUGGCGGUGGACGUUUGUCACGUCAAAGUAGUAACUACCGCGGACGUGGUAUCUCAACACGUUCAAGAGGCGGUACUUUUCGAGCUGGGAGCUCACGUUCAGAUUUAAUCUUGAGUCGUAAACGUGCUCUCACCUCAGCUCUUGAAUACCGUCGUAAGCUACUGAGUUCGCGCUCACGCGAGUACAUUCAACGGGUACGAUUGGCUUCAUCUAAAAUACGCAGGAGUGGUACUAGGAUAUCCGGAAGUAAAAAGGAGUCAGGAACCGGGUCCAGUUUAAAGGAUAAGGAUAGAGUCGACAAGGCUCUUAAUGACGCUUAUUCCGAUGAGGACGAUGAUGAUGAAGACAAAGAUGCUGAAGAAAAUUGGGGUGCUGAUGAAAAGGAGCCUCAUUCAGACGAUGAACAAGACAAUAAUGAAGAAGAAAAUAAAUCAAAAGAUGAGAAACGUAAGAAAGAUAAAUCUGAACGUAAAAAUGAUGAACAUGAAGAAUUAAAAGAUGGUGAAAUUAAAAGAGAAGAGGAUCAUGAUAAACUUGAGAAUGAAGAAGAAACUGAAGGUGAUGAAGAAAAAGACGUAAAAGUUAAAGAAGAAAGUAGAGAACCUGACGACACACCAAACAGUAGACGUGAAGGUGGUAGAAGAUUUAUCAAACUUAAUUGUCCACACUGUUCUCAUCGCAGUGUUACAUUCAAAGACUACUCACUGCAUUUGUAUUCCGGAAGACACAAUACAGCUAUGAGACGAAUUGCAGCUCGUCAUAAGGCCAGCUUAGCUCGCAUGCGAGUAUUACAACGUCAGGAACAGCGCCGACAUGAAGCUCGAGAAGCGGCACGCGGAACUCUUCCGUCGCGGACGAUGUUUUGUCAAAUUUGCAAGCUUAAUUACCGGUCACUGAAGGCCGUACAUCACGCGUCUGAGUCACAUCGUCAGAUUAAGAGGUUCCUUACACCCUUCUGUAGAGUUUGUAGAAUGCAAUUCCGGUCGCCAAUGCUCUUUGAAACUCAUACUUGUUCACUGGACCACAUCAAGCGCAAGAGUGUUAUCGAUGAGAAAAAAACCGCAGGCAAUGCGGAGGCCGAUGGAGACUCAAGCGCGAUGGAAGACGAUGACAAAGAUCAUAAUCUUGAUAAUUUUAUGACACUUGACUCUGUUGGAGAUGUUGAUGCUGAAGAAGAUGAAGAGUCAAUGGAAAAAAAGAAAAAAGAAAAAAUUGAAACCGAAAGUCCAGCGGAGCCUGAAAAAAAACCUAAGCAAAAACAAACUAUUAAAGUAGGAGUUGAAUAUAUUAAAACUAUUCAAGUUCAAUUUUGCGAUCUUUGUAAAGUAUAUCUUCCACGUAAUGAAAAUUCUGAAAGAGCCUUGGCUUUGCAUUGUUCAACUAGAAGCCAUCUUAAACGUUAUGUUCGUGACAACGACGACAAAUUAUUACGUCGUCAAGCAGAAAGAAUCCAUCUUCAGACCUCAACCACCACAACAAAUAAUGUGACAAAUUCAACGAACCCUUCGGAGAAUGCAAAAGCUUCGACAACUAAUGCACAGCCAUUAACUACCAGCAUUAGCAAUGUGUCUGGAAAUUCAGAAAUUUCCGUCGAAAGUAGUGUUGGUAGUGGCGGUAAUUGUCCAGAGAGCGAACCACAUCAAAACUCAUCAGAGGCUGAUCCUCCCAUGAGCCCGUCAAAACAGGACAAACCUCAAGAAGACGACGAUGAUUAUCAAAAUGAUGGUGAUAAACUCUGGGAUGAUGUUGACAAAGAUUUAGGAGAUAUUUUACGGGAAGUCGAACCCGGUAAAUCGAGUGACGAUGAGGACACUCGUUAUGACAGGUUCAAAAAUACUGACAAAAAAGCUCAACAUAACAAAGAUAAAAAUUCAGAAGAAGCUGAAGAUAAUAAUAAAAAAAAUGAAAUUAAAGUUAAGGUCGAAAUUGCUGAGGAUUAA